AUUUAUGAAGUUUAUUUUGAAAAUUGUAGAUCGGAAAAUUCGCAUUAGGAUAUUUGUUUGGGAGAUAGUAGAUAGAGACUAAGAGCACUUAAGUGUUCGCUUUUUGAAAAUAUGUAAGAACGAAGGUACUUAAAAUGUUACGAAAGCCAUCAAAAAUACGUAAUAGCGUAUUUUGUACCUCAAUUUAUUUUCAAAAAUCGUGACAAUUGUUCAUUAUCUUCCCCUCAUAUUGUCAAAAUAGACUCAAAUUGUAUCGGGACUUAGUGCAUUUCAUUUAAUCGACUCUCCUCAAGUCGAUAUCAUAAAUCUCAAUCGAUACUACACCACACAACAUCUACUUCCCCCACCAGUGAAUUCUAUUCCAUAAAAACCUAAACAACUCCCCCUUCUCGUCUAUCUACCUCCCCCCCUUGAGCCACAGACAAAAAAAAACGAUAGACUCUCAAAAAAAUACGACAUAAAUUCCUACCACUCACCUCCGCCUAAAAAAUAAAGAAAAAAGAAACCAACGUUGACGAAGUGUUAGUUUCGACCACGUGUACUUCCCCCCUCUGCCCCUCCCCGCUCCAUAUCCUGCGAAAAAAACAUCAAGACCACCUGGCGAUUGGUCGCCGAGUGGAGGCUCGUCGCAAAAUAAACCAGAGGAAAAUAAGCGCUGAAAGGAAUAAAAAAAAUACCUCGAGGUAGAGUUAUAUCUCCGUCUGUGCUGGUGCCGCGAGCCCAGACUUGUGUAUCCGAGUUAAAUUGAAACCGGCCAGUGCACUCGUGGAGUUGUGCGUGAGUGUCCCUCUCUCUCGUCGUCGAUUAAAAUACAGCAUAAAACCUUGGAUCCAGUGCACAUCGAGUUAAUGAUAACCACUGAAUUGUGACUGAAACGAGCAAUGUUAACGAGGUAGCCUUGAGGUGAAAUGUCCCGAAGCCUGCCAGAUAGAGUGGCAGGGGUGUAUUAUGCCCAUGGCCUCUUCUGCUCGUCACAUCCAAUUGCAGCUCUUUCACUGGCAAUUACAAUCGUUAUACUAUGUUGUUAUCCACUUGUGAAUCUUCCUAUGCCUGGCAAUGCCCCAAGGACAGUGAUAAAUCAAACAAUUUUUGUUUCCAAUGACACUACGACUUCGUCACUUUAUGUUCAACAAGUUGUUUUGCGAACUGGAGUUGUACCAUGGACCAACGAUCUUGCCUUGUCCGAUGCCUUUCGAGGACCUCUUUACGAAGUCUUCAAUCUUUUAGAAAUCAUUCAGAAUUAUCAGGAUCCAGAAACGUUAAAAACUCUCGGCCAAGUAUGUUUGCACAUAGAGGCGGUAAAAAAACGGAAUGCCAAUGCAAAAAAGCCAGAGGUACUUCCUGAGUACAAUUGUUUAAUUUUGUCACCGGCAAAUCUCUGGCAACAGAGCAUCGAGCUAUUCAAUCAGGACAAUGACGUAAUUGGCACGAUAUUCUCAUACCAAAAUCUUCAGAAGGGGAAAAUAAGUCUUGCUGAAAUGCUGUUCGGUAUGAAUCUCAAAGAAACCGGUGUCAAACGGUAUCCAGUGAGAGUGAGACAGAGAAUACUUCAAUACGCAGUUACAAUAUUCCUCAAGGAAUACGAUCCUAGAUUCAUCGGAGGAUUGAAAAACAGAUUGACAACGUACUACUCCCUUCAUCAGCCUCAGAAAACAGAAACACCCCAGCAAUUUGACGAAACCCUUCAUAUUUUCUAUCCGGGGGAAUUCAAUUACAACGACUCCUUUCCCCUGAUGAUGACAUUCUUCGCUCUCUUCGUGUAUGUCUACUUCUCAGUAAGAAAGAUCGAACUUGUAAAAUCGAAGAUCGGCGUCGCCUUCAGUGCAACUGUAACAGUUAUAUCAUCCCUAUCAAUGACAGUUGGUGUUUGUUUUUUCUUCGGAUUAACUCUGAGUCUCAGUGGCAAGGAAAUAUUUCCCUAUUUGGUGAUAAUAGUGGGUCUUGAGAAUGUUCUUGUUCUUACAAAAAGUGUGGUGAGCACGCCAGCUCAUUUGGAUGUUAAAAUUCGAGUCGCUCAGGGUCUCUCCAAAGAGGGAUGGUCAAUAACAAAAAAUCUCCUGACAGAAGUGACAAUUUUAACGAUUGGAUUGUUUACUUUUGUUCCACCAAUUCAGGAAUUCUGUAUUUUUGCUAUUGUCGGUCUUCUGAAUGACUUCUUCCUUCAAAUGGUCUUUUUCUCGACAAUUCUUGCUAUGGAUAUUCGAAGAAUGGAGCUGUCAAGUGAUAAUUCACGAUUUCAAUUUACUCACAUAGCCGCUACAAGGAGACAGCAGUUUACGACAACUGUAUUGAAUAAAAAACCAAAUUUCUUCAGAUCAAAGUCUCAUCCCAGGCUCAAUGGUAUGACAGGGCCGACUAAUGUCAUUGCUCCUACUACUCAGAAUACUCAAACACUCGUGAAAAUACCGAAGAGGCUCAAGCUUGUACAUUUCUGGGCGAGAACUAGGAUAUUUCAGAGGGCCUUCAUGGUGUGGAUGGUCGUGUGGAUUAGCAUGAUUAUUUAUAACUCUGGGAUCAUUGAACAUUUGAUUCAUCUCAGUGACACCUUGAAACAUGAUAGCGAGAUUGAGAGUUAUACGGUUGAUGGACCGCAGACUUUGAAAAGUUACGUGGAGUUUAAGACGCUGAAACCAGUCGUUGUUACAACUUCUACGAGCCCACCCAGUAUUGUUGAUGAGGUCUCCAAUACUAAUAACAUAACCGAAGAGCUGAAGAAACUCCGUCCCGUAGACUUCCCACCAUGGAAUCGUCUAUCGUUGUAUCACUGGUCCUCCAUUCUCAUGAUGUACAACAUCUCGACAGCCGGUGAACAAAUAACAAUUCUACCGACAAUAAAAAUAUCCCAUCCAGUGAAUCCAAAAUUAUCACGACAAAUCAGCAAUCCAAAUGAUGUACAGCAUUUUCAAUGGCAAAGCUUAGCAACAGCUGCCCUUGAUCCCCUGGACUUUUCAGACAUCGAAGUUCCGAUCAGAUCCGAAGGACGUGGUUUCUAUACAGACACCCCCUUCGUUCCCUCCAGCCCCAUGGAGAUCUUCCUGGCAGCUCUUCUCUGCCUAAUAAGUGUGAUAGUAGUUGCCUACACAAUGGUAGUUCUCUAUCGAUGCAUCUGCACACGAAACUACGCAGAAUGGCGAACGAGUUGGCAUCAACAGGAGAAAACCCAGGACUCCACUGAGCUUGUCUUGGAGGCCCUCCCCAUAGUCCUCGAGGGUCACUCCCAGGAGAUUGAGUGUAUUGCCACAGACGGUGAUACAAUAGCCAGUACAUGUUUGGCUGGUCACAUAAAAAUCUGGGACAUCACCACUGGCGAUAUGCUGACCCACAUCGAUCGAAAGAAAAUCUUCAACUCUAGCCAAAGGGACUUGAUAAAUCCGACACCCGAUAAUGAAGAAUUAAUGUCCGAUUACGAGAGUGGAUCACCACCAUCAAGAGGAGAAAUCGACAACAACACUUUUGGACUUUACUCGUCACCUGGGGGACGACCAAAGUAUUCACCAGGUGGAACAUUACACAGGAGCUGUCAGGGGAGAAAACGACAUUCGAUGAACUCGUUGGACUACGACUACCAGAUCAACGAUUACUCCAGUGACAAGAGGAAGAUUUUCACCAGGAAUACAAAUUCUUUUGAAUUCCCCGAUCUUCGUCCCUCGAUCAAUACAAAAUUCUCAACCAUCAAGUUUCAACCAAAACAACAGUGCUACGAGAGUGGAUUUGAUUUUGGUAAUGACUAUAAACAGUUAUUUGAUCAGUUCAGGAGCUCCAUUGAUGAUGUGCACAAGUGUGGAGGAAGUGAAGUGUUGAAUAACUGUGGGAGACUUGGGAAAUUUGAGUUGAAUGACAGUGCAACGUCCUUGAGCACUGAUAGAACAGUGCAGACUAUACAAAAUGUUGCACCAAUUUGGUGCAUUGAUUAUCAGGAGAAUAUUUUGGUUGUGGGGUGUGCCAAUGGGGUCCUAGAAUUUUGGGAGGGUAGUACUGGGAGAUUCAAAUGUUUCUUUGAUGAUGGCAGUGGUUUGGGAAUAUCUUCGGUGAAGAUCGUGGGGUGCAGGGUAGUUGCAGCUAAGUUGAAUGGGUCAGUAGACUUUUUGGAAUUGGAGAGGUACAGUGAAGGCCAUCAGAUUGAUUGGGGUUUCACGUCUGGGAGGAGGACACAUGUGAGAACAGGAAGUGCUGGAUCACCGAUGGAUAUUGGAGGAUUUCCACAUGUUGAAGAGGAUUUGCGGUGUCUCAAAAAGGGAUCGCACAGGGCUCAUCAACAGGCUAUCACGGUUCUUGAUAGCGAGGGGGGACGAGUCCUCACUGGGAGCCAGGAUCACACACUCAAAGUUUUUAGGUUGGAAGAUCAACAACCACUUUAUACUCUUCAUGGACACUGCGGUCCUAUCUCCUGUCUAUUUAUCGACAGGGCGAAUCCCAUGACGUCUGGAAGUGGCUCUCAGGAUGGACUUCUCUGCGUUUGGGAUCUAUUAACAGGAACGUGUAUGUACAGUAUACAUGCACAUGAUGGAGCUGUGGCAGCAAUAACAUGCUCAGCUUCGUACGUGAUAAGCAUUGGCACAGACGAGCGUCUGUGCGUUUGGGAAAGAUUUCAGGGUCAUCUACUCCAUGCUUUACCAGCUCACAGGGCAGCAUAUAGUCUUCAAUUAGUUAUGCUCACUCAUCAGUUACUCAUAACUAGUAAUCAGGGUUCUCUGGUCGUUUGGGAUGUGAGAACGGGUGAACCAAUGAGAGAAGUACGACUAGAUCACAAAGACAGUUGUGUUUAUGUUAAACAAAUGAUUGCACUUAGGGACAGCGUUAUUUGCGAUUUUGGUCGACAGCUGCGUAUAGUCAGAUUUCCCUUAGUCUCUGAUAAGUUGGACUGAACCAUUUUUAUCUAUACAUUUUAGUAGAGAGAAAGUAAGAAUCUGUACAUAGAUCAUUCUCAUAGCCCGAGUGGGACAUUGCAAAUUUUCUAACACAAGCAGUGCUUUAACCCUUCUCCCCACCUCACGAGAUUCAAAUGUAUACACGAAGAAAAAAUAAUCAACGAAUAGUUGCAAGCACAAUUACGAAACUGUCCAUCGAAUCUAUUUAGUUAGAUUUUUUUGACGUUAAAAUAAUCUCUGUAAUAAUUUAUUAAUUCACCAAAUCGACCCUAAUAAACUCCAAUUUUCUCAGUCGUUUACGAUCGUACUUUAAAAUUCAAAUCAAAGGAAAAGUAUAGACUGAUCAGAAAAUUGAACGAAAAAAUCCUUCCUCCAUUUAUUCGCGUUUAGCGCACCGGAAUUCUUCAUCGGAAUGUUUUACGAAACAGUUUCCGCAAUGAUAAAACAAUAAAUUUGUAGUUUUCACUGUAUCCUAGGAUCGAAUUGUAAAUCGAUAGAGUUCAAUCCUCGUGUUACAGAUAAGCAGACUUACGCAAAUCCAAUUUGAUUCUUUUUACUGCACACUUGUCUUGUUAUCGUAGUAAUCUAUUAAAUGCUUCAAUUUUCCGUCCCUUUUGUCAACAACAGAAUUAUGGAAUCAAUCGCUUAUUUUUUAUUUCGAGUUUUUCUUUAAUUUUCAAGGAAACGUGACCUAGAUUUUGCAGUAAUUUUAUUGCGAUAUUUUUUCUUCGUGUGAACCUUCAUUUACUUCUCUUGAAGUAUCAUUAUUACUAAUUAUCAUUGAGCGUACCGAUUGUGAUCGACAGGGUGUGGUUAUGGAAUUAAUGGUAUUGAUGAAAAUUUUGGUAAUUUUAGGCGAACGGCUGUGCAAAAUAAUGUUUGUAGAUUUAUCAAUGCUUGAAGCCAGAUGUAUAUCAUCCGCUCGUUUAUUAAUUAAAUCCUCAAUUAAUAUUAUUGAAUGUAAUGUGGGGAGGGAUAUUGUUACUCGACGGUUGUCAGUGACUUUUUUCAUGGUCUAGAAUACUUUGCGGAAAUUUUUUCAGCAACAAAAUUUUGUGUGACUAGUAAGCAGUGGAUGAAAAUAUACCUGGCUUCAUUUAAUUUGUAAUUUUGCAUUUUUAAUAUUUGAGAGUGCCUUUAUAAAGUCCGCCACGUUGUUUUUUUUUUACUAUCUCAUCUUUUGAGUUUAAUAGUUGAAUGAUGAAUGGAGAGAAUUUGAUUUCACUUUUAAGUUAUUAUUGCGAAAUGUCUAUCAAUAAAAGCAAUUUUUUUGUACUAUUCAAUGACUGUAAGGAAUAAGGCACUUGAGGCAGAGUUGCCUCACGAUUUUUUUGAUAAAACAUGUGAGAAGAGACAUUUAUAUCUUUAUUAGAUUCCAAAAUAACCAUCAAAAACUGCUGUGAAGGUGAUAAAAUCAACUUUAACAGUUUUCUAUGAACAUUUUUCAGUUCUAAAAAUCUCAGAACAUUUUUAAGAGAUAGUUAACAAGUGCUAAUGUUUUUAAAAGCCACAACACCUCAGUUCCAUUCAGUGAUUUAUUAAUGAAUAAUUUAACAAUGUUCGAGACGUGAGAAAAUGUUUGUUAGAGAUAUUCAUCAAGAACUCGUGUCUUUCAGAGGGAAAUUGCCUCAUUCCCACUCACUAAUUCAUUGGAUCAAAGAAUAAAAACUAAUUUGUACAUAUAGAGGUUGAGAAUGACUGCAUCGUCAGACAAUGAAUUAUUUUCAUAUUUCAUAAUAAACAUAAAAUGAUUGAAAAUUGCAAAUGAUGACGAGAAUUAUUGAAGAUUUUAUAUGAAUUUAAACAAAAACCUAAAAUGAUAUUUUGGUAAGAAUUAACGUAAGAAUAUCGCGGGGUUCUGCAAUUAGUUCUAACAUAGCAAUUAAAUUACUGAGAGUAAUAAAUUGUAAACAGCAUCAUGAAUGAGAAUAUAUUUUUAAGUGUGUGGCAGCUGAUAGUCGAUGAGGGUAAAAGUUAUCUGAAAUUCCUUGAUGUUGUUGUGCCUGCAGAAAUGACAAAAAUCAUUCUGAUUUUAGACUGAACGUAGAUUCAAAGAUGAAAAUGAUGAUGGAGGUAGGGAAGAAUUGAUAAUUGUCACCAAUACGAGAACAUUUUUUAUUAAGAAGGGAUGGUUCUCGUAGAGUUAGUAUUUUCAUCGACCAAAGUGAAUGUUGAAGGAACGUACUUGAGACACUAUUUGAUUAUUCAUAUUUUUACAUUUUAAUGUUGAUUGAUUCGUCUGUAAGCACAGUUUGAUGCGAGCUGCGUGAAUUUUUCUAUUUAUUAAUUUAAUAAUAAAUUUAGACUAUCCAUCAA